UAAUCUGGAAAUUGUCUGCAACUCGCUGUCGCCGGUUAUAGCUUUGUUUCGUUUUGGAUACUCGACCGUUGCUAGACGUCUCCCGACCGUAUUACACGGUCGUCGAAUCGUGAAAGUCUUACUAUCAUGUAGCCUAUACUCGCAAUUCUUGUGAUAUCGACAAUUAAGCAGUCCUAUUAGGGUCUUGCUCCGCGUUUCAUUGCUUACGGGGGCCAAGAUGCCCUUAAAUCAAAGCAAUCCAGAGAAAACCCCGCCACCACCAACCGAUUGUUUUCUCCAUCUCGAUUCCUUCAGCGGCAGUCGUGAGACGGUGCUAAGCGAUCCACCAGAAUGGCAUAACGACUCAAGCCUCAACGCGACCGCCAACAACAAUCCCGCAGAUGUUAAUCUCUCCUCCCGGGAAGAAUCUGAUUUAUUGGAUACAGAGAAGCUACACUUGCACACUCGGCAUCAGGUCGACCCUCCUGGACCUAUCACAGCGCACAACAGUAGCUCUGAUGACUACCGCAGUGUCAUCGACGACCUAACGCUCGAGAUUCAACAACUAAAGAAGGAGCUCAAGCGCUAUAAGCAACCAGGUCCGGCCUUGCUCCAUAAAGACAAGCUGUUUGAGAUCAAGGUUUAUGGGCUGCCCCAAAAGAAAAAGAGAGAGCUCGAAACCAUACUGAGAGACCUUACCGCGGAUCACGAUGGGUCUCCAGAGGCGUCAUCAUCGCAAAAAAGGAAAAGGAUAUCCCCCCACAAUCGCGAUCACAUAUAUUCCAAAUCUGGAGUUCAGCGCAGCCAUGCUCCUUCCUCUCCAGGUUCCAGCCUCCGGCCAGCUGACUCCGCCUACGCCUCCAUGUCGGCCGGUGUCGAGUCUUCGAGAACGCCGAUUUACCUCCCCAUCUUGCCUUCAACCAAAUCAUCAAAGGGCAAGGUCGAGGACUAUCUACGAGAUGUUCCUGACGGGCUAUACCCGCAGCAUGUAAUCAUGACAGACAAGGAGCGGAAGAGUCUUGUUGUUCGUCGCCUUGAACAAUUCUUCACAGGCAGAAGUAACAGUGCCGAUGUCUCAAAAAUGUCGCCUCUGCGCCCGGGUGGCAGCUUCAUCAUGGCGCGCGUUGUAGCGGAUAAACAGGUGGCGGACUCAUCAUCCGCCUACCAACCACCCACUCAUGAAACUGAGCCUAUCCGGGAAGCCAGAUUCCUCCCUCUCGAACAACAAUCUCGCGCUUGGGAAUAUCAGUGCCAUUUAAGUGCCCAUGGGUCGGCCUCUGAUCCCGAAAAGGACAACAUGGAGACAGAAGGCAAUGGUACAGGCUUGGUCUCGUCUACCAAGCCGUUUCCCCCACUCCCGCUUCUUCCAAAACAGCGACCAACGCGACCUUGUGAUCUGGACCCUGAUCGUGCUCAGAUUCCGUCUGAGAAUAUGAACUAUAUCCGACAUUUGGACCUACUGUCGCCCGACAUAUUGCCUGGACAGCAGAGUAUCCAGGACAUCCACCUAGACGCUGAAGGCUGGGUGUCUCUGAACCUGCUAUACAAUUUGGCCCAGCUCCACUUGAUCAACGUAACUCCUGACUUCGUUCGCUCCGCCGUAUUAGAAAUCAGCACCAGGUUUCAGCUAUCUACUGACGGGCAUAAAAUCCGAUGGCGAGGCGGAUCUAAAGAUACCAAGUUCAGUAGCCACAUCUCUAUCUACGAUUCGCAAGAAAGUCCUCCUGUCAAUAAUAUCGAUGGUUCGGAAAAGACACGUGAGCAUCAGAAGACGAGCCCGUUCAUUAGCAAUGAAUCCCAAUCCGGAGGCUUAAAUAAGAAUGUGUCUGCAUUUGAUCCGCAGUUUUAUGCUCGAGUUGAAAGUUUCCGUUACAAGCCACUGUUUGUUCGGGAGGGAUCAUCAGAUGCGAACACUUCACAGGAUGCGUCGGUUUGCUCGCCUAUAGCCGUGGACGACGAUAAUCCUGGCGAGUCGGACUUAGGCUUGAAUUAUUCUGAAGGGUCGGCUGGCAAAUUGCAACGCCGCGAAGGUGUUAUCACAUACUACAGCGACGUACCUUUCUGCACCGAUUUAUCGGGUGAUCCAGUUGAUGUAUCACCAACCAUUCGCACGCCCUUGAGUAGCCAAAACCGGAAGGAUUCUCAGCAGUCAUUAGACUUGGUUCAUUCUCAUCGACGAACAACAUCUGGGUCCUCCAUCAGCUAUAGGCCAUUGACAGAUCGAGGCCAGGGUCUACGUCAGCUGACUUCUUCCACGCAUGAGGGUGAUCAUAGAGACCCGGGUCUGAUAAACAAUGACUGUGAACAAGCCAGCGACAUCGAGCUGGAUUUGAUUUGGAACGACGAUCAGCAGCAGUACGUGUCGCAACAGCAGCCUUUAGAACCCUGCGGACUUGGCGGCGUUCUCCCCGAUAAUCACUUUAUCGUAGUUGUCGAUACAAAGCGGCCCAAACAAGAUAUCCUCCCACAGGCUUCCAAGCCUCAGACUAGGAGAUCCAACGAAAGCAUAGAAGGGACCAUUGAUCAAAGGGCGGCGACGUUAACCUCAUGUCCUAUCCCUGGCGGUUCAGAAAUAAAAGUAACCGAGCAAUCACCGUCUAUCGAGAUUGAGUAUCUGUCGGGGCGUAUCAAGAGAUUAACGCCAGUCCCACUGCCAGCACCUGCUAUGUUCUUUCCGCCGUUUAGCGUUGAUAAUUCCACGUCUGGCGAAUAUGACGAGCUGUCUAUAGAUGUAGAUAACACCAGAUCGUCAGAAGAGGAUAUGAGCUAACGAUCUUAACUUAUUCUAAGAGCUAAACCACGGUCUGUUAAAUUGAGACUGUUAAAUUUUACAAUACAAUACAAUACAAUUUAUUACGCCCGGCGGCCUGUUCUGACCGAAAGGGCACUAGUCGCUAA